AUGGCUUUCAAGAACACUGACCUACUGGGUUCACUGAACCCCUUACCCCAGCCGUUCACGUCGACUCCUAAGGAGGACCCUUUAGAUUAUGGGGCAGCGCCUCGUCAAGGCCAUGUCACCAAAAAAUUUGUCUUGUGCUUUGACGGCACAGGCAACAAGUUUUCUGGCACAGAGUCAGAUAGCAAUAUCCUCAAGAUCUAUCGCAUGCUUGACCGUAAUGGCGAUGACCAAUUCCAUUACUAUCAGCCUGGAAUUGGCACGUACAUUACCAAAGCUGAUGGCUCCAUGACUCGAACAGGGCGAUGGGAGAGGUUCCAAUCAUGGUAUGCCAAGGCAAAAGACAGCGCAAUCGGAACAUCUUUUGACAUGCAUGUCAUGGCUGGGUACAAGUUCCUGAUGAGAUAUUACACCCCUGGUGAUGACAUUUACUUCUUUGGUUUCUCGCGGGGCGCUUAUACAGCCCGGUUCCUUGCUGAGAUGUUGGAUCAUGUCGGCCUGCUCUCAGCAGGUAACGAAGAGAUGUGCCAGUUCGCGUGGAAAACAUUUCAAAAAUGGCAGUGCCGAGUACCAGACGAAAAAAAUAACAGGGAACGUGGGCAAAAGUCCGAGAAGCACAAGCUCCUCGAGUUCAUGUGCGCUUUCAGAGAGACGUUCAGUCGUCCGGUCAAACCAAUUCGCUUUCUUGGUCUGUUUGAUACUGUCAACAGUGUACCAGCAUUUGAGAAUGCAUGGAUGCAACGCAGCAGAUUUCCCUACACCGCAAGGAGCAGCGCACGAGUCAUCAGACAUGCGGUCUCAAUAGAUGAACGCCGAGCGAAAUUCCGACAAGAUCUGAUCUCUCAAGAAAGACCGGACAAAUCUCUGUACUACAAGCACCACCAUAAGCACGGCGACAAACUGAGGGGCCUGGUACAUGGUCACAGUGAGCAAAACGAGCAGGACAACAAACAAACCCAGGAGAAUACCAGAGGUCGCUCUCAAAACCUCGCACCACCUGAGCGUUACAGAAACCCCCAUGAUACCUCGGGCGUGCGCAGUUCGAGUGUUGGAUGCUCCCACCUGGAUGACAACCCUCGCUCAGCUACCCCCUCCAUGCGUUCAAUUGACGUUCAUGGAACCUACAAUUCAGCAGACGAAGAGGGUGAACAAGACAUCCAAGAAGUCUGGUUCCCUGGCUGUCACGCCGACAUUGGUGGAGGCUGGCCUCUCGUAGAAGGCGAAGUAUCGCUUAGUCAUGUACCCCUUGUCUGGAUGGUGCGUGAGGCGCAAAAGGCUGGCCUCGAAUUCGACGAGGAGAAGCUCGUAGCUCUGGACUGCUGCCAUGAAGACGCCGUAAAUGGCACCGUAAAACCUUACGACAACGUACCAACCAUUGAAGUUGACCCUGCCUCUCCUUUGCCUGUCGAUAGCGACGCAAACGCAUCGAGCGGCAUCACUGGCUACACCGACGACGAAAAUAUUCUCGCCCACCACCAAGAAUUCCCAGAUACGCGCUUCCACAAGCAUCUUCACGUUGCCGCGACCCAAGGCCGCAUCCACGACGUUCUCCAGUUCAACAACGGCGCUGGCCGCAUGGGCGUCAUGUCGUGGAACAUGAUGGAGUACCUGCCCUUCCGGCGUAUGGACCUGCAAGAAGACGGCAGCUGGAAAGCCAUCCGCUGGCCCUUGCCCAAAGGCGAGACUCGCGACAUUCCCGCCAACGCCGUCAUCCAUGGCAGCGCCAUCAAACGCAUGCACGCCGAUUCCAAAUACCGGCCUGGAAACCUGAUUGUAGGCGGAGGCGGCAGGGGCGUCAGACACGCACCCAAAGACUAUGGAAUUGGGAAAUGGGUCGCUGCUCAUGAAGAGGGCCAUUACGUCGGCGAGUGCUUUGUCAGGCGCUUCCCGCCCGAGCGAACACAAUCGGAUGAGACUGCGCCUUUGGCACGCUCUGGAGCUAGCAAGGAUGAUUUCUUGUCGUCGCGGAAGAAGUCAACUGCUACGUACUAGUUUGAAGCACUGCCUUUUUUGCUCUCCUACCACCUGGUUGGUAUUGACGAUAUUCUCAAUCUACCGUUUACAGGUUGUAUGAAAGGGGCUUCCAGCGUAAUAUACGUUUCCC